AUGCCUUCGAAUCAACAGGACUCGACGUCUGUGGACCAUUGCGAACAAAGGAUGGCCAGCCUACGUACUGCUACUGGCCUGUCUUCGCACCAACCGUAAGCCCCAACAGUACAUUUGGAGCUUACGGAUUCCAUCAAGACAGAAGAGAUUUUAAAUGCAAUGACCAAAUUCUGCGCACGCAGAGGAGUCCAACAAUAUAUUCUCAGCGACAACACCCCCUACUUUGUCGCUGGAAGCAAAAUGUAUCUACAUCUGCAAAAUAUCGCAUGGACACACACCACACCAAACGCUUCAUGGCGCGGAGUGACGUAUGAGAGAAUGAAGUCUAAAGGAAGGAAUUAAGCGCACUCUGGGGCGAACACGACCUACGUAUAGGCUCGACAAGUUUUGGGCACGAUGGAGAAAGGAAUACCUUGCCGAUCGUGGAAACUACCAAGAGAAACAAACUCUCAUUCCGAGACCAGAACCAGAAAAACCGAGAGGAGAAUGGAAAAUGGCCCGGAUUAAAAGAGCAAUCAAAUCCAAUGAUGGAAUCACGAGAAACUGCGAGAUCAUCCUGAAUGUAUGUCGCUUGGAGGCAAUGACCGUAAGGCAACAGACGCUGUUGAACGGCGUCCCAGAAGGUCGAGAAGAGAAAAACCCACCCGAAGUUCUAUCAGAAGAAGAAUGUAAGAAGAUGAUUGCGGAAAGAAAACGCAAACAUGGAGAAUUAGUAAAAGGAAGAUCGAUUUACCGGACACACAACAAAGUCAGCAUCGAUCCCCCAAACAGAAUUAUGACAUUCUUAAAAUGGAGAAAGGGUGGAUAUCAAGAGAAACUGCCUCCUGGUAGAAACAAAAGUAUUCGCCCAUUACGGAAGCCCAUCAGCAGCUUCACUCCGACAUCACUAAUUCACUUUUUUUCGGUGCCAAGUAUAAUAUCAGAGUGUUCGGCCCGGGCGUAA